CUAGCGUUCAUUUUUAUACUGCAAGUUUAUCAGUUGUGCGUAAGCUUGGGACGUGAUGACGCUGCCGAAUUCAUCCAAUCAACGCCGAGGGAUGUAACUCGUUUGAAAUUGAAGCGGGCGAAGGCGGAAGCGAAGUUGGGACAAUAAUAAACAAAAGCAGUCGUUUUUGGCCAAGGUUGUAUUCACUAUAUUCAUACCUACUUUUUAAAAACUAGAUUUUAGAUUUUUUUGUGAAACUUUAAUCCGUGCUUUGGUGUAUACAGGAAAAUAGUACAAUGACCGUUAGCAAGCUAAUUAGGGUGAGCGUUUGAAUUUUGUUUUUUUUGCACCUGAGCACAAUGUCGUUGUUUAGCGUUCAGACGAGGAAGCACACGGCUUAUUAUGACCACCUGCUGUCGGCGUCAACACCCAGGAGACUUAGCAGAGAGCGGCAGGGUGAGCAAAAGACAUUAAACCCGUCUCUUCUGAGCGAAAACUCCAGCUCAGAAUCUGUGUGCGCGGACAGGAAGUCGUCGGAAAAAGGCCGCCAGGCCACAAGAUCCUAUGUCGUCUCCGCGCUGUCAAAAAGUGCCAGCAGCCAGCUAACUCCUCAUCGAGGGAGACUGACUUUGCAGAGGAGGUCGAGGAGAAAAAGCAGGGUUGAGACAGCGGAGAAAACGAUGCUAGAAAGCAGCAAGAACAGCAGCACUCCAGCUCCAGAGAAAAGGUUGACUCUGCAACGCAGGACCAGAACGCCCUCAAUGGAUAAAAGUGGGGCCAGCGUCCGGCAGCCACUACCUAAAGCUCUGACCGAGUCAAACGGUAGGACUCCUGUUUUAUUCAGGUCUAUCAGUUUGAAAGAAACUGCUUCUAAGAGCAAGAUGACAGAAACUUCUGCUCAGAUGAGCUCCACGCGGAGUAAAACUUCCUUCACCUCUACUGCAUCUUCCUCAACCUGUGAAGACCAGUCUCAAAUCUUUAAAACUCCCAACAAGAAGACUCCAUUUUCAAAAAUUGCUGCCAGAAGAGACGUGUUUGAAAGGCUAGCGUCUAAAGAAGUUCCAAAAGUUGUGGCUGUCAAAUCUGCAAGCCUGGAAAGGCCCAAACCAAGAACCCAGCAAGCAGAAGUCGCCAAGCCAGACCAUCGAGUCAGCAAGAUCUCAGGAGGGCAUCAAAGAAGCAGCACUGCAGCUCAGGAGAAAAAGAUCUCCAUCUCAGAGAGAAAAGGAGACGUGCCGAGAACAUCCACCGAGCAGCUGUCGCAGCCCACCGAGGCUGUCAGGCAGCAGGAGUCCUUCAAGAUGGAAAACAGUGCUGUCACUGUGGCUGUGCGGCUCCGCCCCUUCAGUGCCAGAGAGAAGGCUGAGAAGGCGUUGCAAGUCAUUUUUACAAGCGGACAAGACACUCUUGUCCAGCAUCCUGACUCCAAACAGAACUAUUCCUUCACAUACGACUUCUCUUUCUGCUCUGUGGACGACGACGAUCCAGCUUUUGCCAGCCAGCAGACGGUGUAUGAAAAGCUGGCUAAACCUCUGCUCCUGAGGGCCUUCGAAGGAUUCAACACUUGUCUUUUUGCCUAUGGUCAGACUGGCUCUGGCAAAUCAUACACCAUGAUGGGCUUUGAGGGCGAAGCUGGAGUUACACCUCGGUUCUGUCAAGACCUUUUUUCUAAAUUGGCUUCUGUGGAAAGCUCAGAGGUCAAAUACCAUGUAGAGAUGAGCUACUUUGAAGUGUAUAAUGAAAAAAUCCAUGACCUGUUGGUGAUCAGGGAUGAACCAAACCAGAGGAGGAUGCCUGGCUGGUUGGAGUUGGGUAACAAACAAAGAGCUACAGCAGCUACAGGGAUGAAUGACAAGAGCUCCAGAUCUCACUCUGUCUUCACAUUGGUUAUGACCCAGACCAAGACUGAGAGUGUGGAGGGAGAGGAGCACGACCACAGCAUCACCAGCAGGAUCAACUUGGUUGAUCUGGCCGGCAGUGAGCGUUGUAGCAGAGCUCAGACUAGUGGAGACAGACUGCGGGAAGGAGCUAGCAUCAACAAAUCGCUGUUGACACUUGGAAAGGUCAUCUCAGCUUUAUCUGAGCAGAUGCUGACCAGGAAGAAGGUCUUCAUACCAUACAGAGAGUCUGUCCUGACAUGGCUGUUAAAGGAAAGCCUCGGUGGUAACUCAAAGACGGCGAUGAUUGCUACGUUGAGCCCAGCUGGCAGUAAUGUGGAGGAGAGUCUGAGCACGCUGCGAUACGCCCAGCAAGCCCGCACCAUCAUCAAUGUGGCCAAAGUCAACGAGGACACCAGCGCCAAACUCAUCAGAGAGCUGAAGGCUGAGGUGGAGAAACUUCGAGCGGCCCAGACGAGCUCCCAAGGAGUUGAACCUGAAAGAGCCAGACUGUUUCAGCAGGAGAUAGCCGCCCUGAAGAACAAACUCUGUCAGCAGGAGAGAGAAAUGGCAGAGGCCAAUCGAGCAUGGAGAAAGAAGUUUGAGGAGGCAGAGAUUCGAAAAAAGGAAGAAACAAAAGAGUUGCAGAAAGCAGGAGUGACUUUCAAAGUGGACAACCGUCUUCCCAACCUGGUGAACCUGAAUGAGGAUCCCCAGCUGUCGGAAAUGCUUCUGUACAUGAUUAAAGAAGGACAAACCACAGUGGGCAAACUCAGACCGGACUCCAGCCACGAUAUCCAGCUCACUGGAACCCUCAUCGCUGACCGGCACUGUGUUAUAUCCAACAUCCACAACACCGUCAGCAUCACUCCCAUGAAGAAUGCAAAGACUUUUGUUAAUGGGAAUCUCAUAACUGAGUCAACUGUUCUCCACCAUGGUGAUCGGGUCAUUCUGGGUGGAGACCAUUACUUCCGUUUUAACCAUCCAGCAGAAGUGCAGUCUGGCAAGCGGGUAUCAUGUUGGACCGAUGGAGGCGAUGGUCAUAAAGACUUUGAAUUUGCCAAAAAUGAGCUCCUUGCUGCCCAAAGGGCAAAGCUUGAGGCUGAAAUUGAAGAAGCUCAUUUAAAAGCAAAGGAGGAGAUGAUUCAAGGGAUCCAGAUGGCAAAAGAGGUAGCUCAGAAAGAGCUGUUUGACCAGAAGGCUCUUUACGAGGAGAGAAUUCAGACCCUGGAGAAAGAGCUGAAUCAAGAAAUAGAGAGAAAGCAGCAGGAACAGUUGGACCAGAAGAGAGUGGCCAACGAGAUGGCAAAGCUUAAGAUGGCCAAGCUGGAGCUGGAGCAAGAGGUGGACACGCAGAAGAAACGGCUUCGUCUUCACAUGGAAGCCCAGGUUAUGGAAGAACAAAGAGUAUGCCAAGCAAAGAUAGUUGAAGCCCUGGAGGCGGAGAAGAAAAAGAUCAGCAAAGAGUUGGAAGAAAUGCAGAAGAGAAGAGCUCAAAGAGAAAACAGAACUCCUCGAAAGGGUGAUUUUCUUUCUAUGAAGCUGUCUUUGAUGAUUGAAGAAGCCAAUAAAAUCAGCACUAAACUGAAGAAACGCACCAUCUUCAGCAGACAUGAAAGCUCUGACAAUGAGCAGGGGGUCCUCCAGGUUCGAGUUCAAAACACAAAACUGGGAAUCUCCACUUUCUGGAGUCUGGACAAGUUCCAGAACAACAUGGCCGCCAUGAGGGAGCUCGAGCAGGGGGAUUCCACCUCUAAAGAUGACGACGUGUUUUAUGACCCAGAGGAUGAGUGGGAGCAGGAUAUAUCCACAUCCUCUACUUCCACAUCCUCCUUUUCUCGUCGAAGGAGCAGGAGUCUUCUGAAGAGUAAAAGGAUCUCAGGUCGUCUCUAUGAAAUCCGAGUCCAUCCAAUUCAGAGCCUCCACACCGCUUCCUCUCACACUGCAGGGCUGAUGGGCAUUUCCACACCUCCAACCGUCCAACAGUCCACCAACAGAGACACUGCGGUUCCAGGCAUUUGCAAGGAGCUGAUUGGCCAGUCAGUGUCCCGUUUGCGUAACAGUAGUGGUACGGAAGAGAGCAUGGCAGACCGGCUGAUCUCAGAUUUGAAUCUGAUUUACAAGACGGUCCAGACCAUUUCUGAUCUAUAUAACGGCCUUGAUGAUGACAGUCAGGACAACGUGUUUGUGGGUAACUUGGCAGCUCAGACUGAGCUACUUAAGGCGACCAUCGCCGUGGAAAGUGCAGUUUUGGUCACCAUGCAAUGGCUGUCCGGAGUUAAACCCUUCUCUGGUCUGCUCUACAUUGUUGCCGAAGAACUCAAAAGCCAAGUCAAAAAAAUGGGAGGAUUUUUCCAGAUGCUUAUUCAGGGUUGUGAAUCGGAGAUCACGUCGAUGGUGGUGGAGGCCCAGAGAAAGAGCAGUAAAUGCAUGGAUGCUGCCUUGCUCGCAUUAGGCCAUUUUGCAGUGGUGACGGGCAUGCCAAUGAGCAUCAUGAGGCUGGACGCUCAGGCCACAGGCAAGGAAUCUGUGUUAACUUGCCUGAUUAAAGGAAGCAGUAAUGGUAUCCAGUCUCUUUUGGAGGAGGGUUUGACGAUCACCAAGGCAAUGUUGAGGGAGGCUCAGCUGGUCUAUCCCAAAACUCCGGUCCUAGAAACUUUGAAAUCCAAAACUCUUGAAUUAGCGUGUACCCUGCAGAACUACUUACAUUGCCAUAUUAAGGAGCGAGGUUCUGAUCAAAUGGAUGUGGAGGAAGAGGAGUCCUCUGCUGCUCAUUUACAAAACCUUAGCACCACAUCAGCUAAACUUUUCCAGCUCAACCAGGCUGUUCAGAACCUGCAUUCCCAUCUGUCAGCGGUCCUACAAGGUAAAGACAGAGAUUCUGACCUCCUCGUCUUAAGAGACCUCAUCCCAUCUUCUGUCAAAGCUGUUGAUGAGCUGGUCACUGUCUUGUCGAAGGAGGGAGAAUUGGCCACGUCCCUCAAACUCCCUCGUCUCAACGCAGCAAUAGCAGCAAGAGAGGAGCUCCGCUCCGCCUUACAGUCCUUGUCUUCGGCUUCUUUGCGUCUCCUUGGAGCAGACGAGAGCAGAAGUUCAUUAGAUUCUAAAAGGAGUUCAGGUAAUGACCCUUUUACCAAAGAAAAAGGGGAUACUCGCUCUACUGUUAAAAAGCAAGUUGUUAGCAAGGUUGUGUACACCUUCGGUCAGGAUGUGUCCUGUAGUCGAAGCCCACACUGGGUUUGAUUCUGCUUCAGAUACUUUAAUGCAUUUUACUUUUAGAGAUAAAAUCAACUAUUUACAUGCUAAGCUUUAGGAAUAAUCUUGCAUCACAUGCAUUAAGCAAUAGAAAAGCAUCUGGUCUGAGCACCCAAUAAUAUAUAUUUAGCUACACCUUUACCUUUUGUAAUUUGGUAAAAAAUCUGUAUAUAUUUAUAAGCUGUUAAAAUAUAUAUUUAGCAAAAGAGCCUAAGGCCGGGCCAUCACUUACCAGUUUUAAUAAUUACAGUUAUCUGCUGUGUGGAAAUUAUACAAUUUGUUGACCAAGAUCAUUCGUGCUGUUAUUUUUUAUUUAAAUUUCCUGCAUUUAUUUCUAUUUGCUAAAAUUAUUCAAUAUGAAGUUGCGCAGGUGCACUAUUUUGUUAAGUUUAAAGGGAUCCAAUUUUUCAAGGUACAUGUUUUACAUUUUCCUAUCAUAAAAUAUUUGGUUCUUUUUGUUUUAAAGAAUUCUUAUGAGAAAAUACUCUGUAGAAACUUGAAUUUACUUUAAUUUGUAUUUUCAUUCUUGUUUGUUUAAAGAAAAUGAAGCAGUUUUUGUGCCCCAUUGGUUUAUUAUUUUCUUUUUAGUGAUGUCAAUAAAUGCAAAUGUACAUUGUCAAUACCACGUUUUUAAUGUUACUCAGUCUGGUAAAGUAACUUCAAGGUCCUCUAUUUUUUUAUAGUUGUCAGAUGUGUGUGAGGAUCAAAUACGUUACACAAUGAUUUGUAGCAUUCUAAAUCUUUGACGUUAGGAAAUCUAAAUUCCUUAAAGUUAGGAAAAUAUUGGUAUGCUGGAUUAUCUUUAAUAGGAAGACCGCUACUUGUAAAAGUAUAAACCUUAAUGUUCACUUUUUUAGGAACGUGUUUUUAAGAGCUGUGCACUAUUUUAUCUACUAUUAUAAAAUCAUUAAAUCAAGUUCUUUCAUCACACUGGGUGGGAAAUCACUUUCUGGGUGUGUUUGUCUUUUAUUUAUGUCUUUUAAGUAGCAUGAACAGUAGGAAAAUGUUUCAUUUUCAUUCAGUAACAUUUAAAAAAACAUUUUUUUUUUCUUUUUUGCAAAGCAUCAGCUUUUAUAAAUAUAACUGCUACAAUUCAUUCAAUCCACUAUUUGAUUUACACUUUUAAGGUUACAAUUUCGAUUUUUUUUUUUUUUUUUUUUUUUUCAACACAAUGAAUUAAAGGUCAUUUAAGGGCAAGUGUGUUUCCUUUUCGCCCCUUAUAUCAAACUGUCUGUUUUCUUGCUAACAGAAUGGAUUCAAUACAAAGAAACAAUUAUACAUAAUUUUGAAAUGAUCACAAAUCCUUCCAUACUCAGUUGUGCUCCAUGCGAUGGACCGCUCCGCGCAACCCCCCACCCAGCCACUGUGCGUGCACUCUCCCGCCCUCUCACUUAGAGCAAAUGACCGUUUACACGCAACUUGCAGAGAAAAAAAAAGA